AUGUCGACUGGAACAGCAACGACCGCCGGCAGGACGACGGCCGCCGAAACCGGCCUGGCUACGACGACGGUUCAGCGGCGGCCAUCGCGAGCCUCGUACACGGACGACUCGGAAGCGCAUCUCUUCCGUACGCGCCUCGGCAGUCUUUCCCAGCAAGACUAUACCCAACCCAUCGAUGAGGAGGAGGAGCAGAACAAGCACCACUUUGACGAAAGCAAGGCUACCAGCGAUACCGAAAACUCGCGGCCUCCCUCUCCGCCUGUUCUCGCGACCUACCCACCAUCCCAGGCCAAGCCAGUCGAGCUUGCGGCUGUCGACCAAGGUGCGGCGGCGUGGCGCUUCUUGGCGUGUGGAUUCGUCAUCUGGUCCAUGGUGUGGGGCGUAGCAUAUUCGUACGGCAGCUUUCAAGACUACCACGAGCACAAUCCGGACUCGCCCUUGUACGGGACGAGCGUGACCGGCAUCUCGGCGGUAGGCACGCUGGUCAUCGGAUGUCAGCACUUUAUCCCGCUCAUCCUGCGCGGCUUCGUAACUACCUUUCCGCACCUUCGCCGCAGACUGGUGCUCGUCAGCGUGGUGCUCAGCUCGGCGUGCAUUCUGGUUGCAUCAUUCGCGAGAUCGGUGGCGAUGCUCAUCGUGUUCCAGGGCGUGCUGUUCGGGGUUACGAGCGGCGUGCUGCUGCUCCCCGUCGUGCUGUACCUCGGCCAGUGGUUCGAUACCAGACGCGGCCUCGCUACGGGCGUCAUCUUCAUGGGGUCUGGAUUCGGCGGCGUCGUGUUUCCGCUCAUCCUCAAUGCGCUCCUCACCUCGGUCGGGUUUGCCUGGACCAUGAGGGUGUGGGCGCUCGCCCAGCUCGUACUCGCGGGCACGGCGCUAUGGUUCGUCAGACCCAGACUGCCACUCGAAACACCCGAUGUGCUUCCAAUCACAAAGCUCGAGCUGGCAAGGGCUUUGCUUCCUGGCGACCUGUCGUGGCUCAUCCACCCACUGUCGCUCAUCUACGCGUUUGGAUGGUACAUUGUAUCGCUGUACAUUGCGACGUACGCCACGGCGCUCGGGUUCAGCUCGACCGUCUCCACAGGCAUCCUGGCCGCAUUCAACGCAUCGGCCAUCAUCGGCUACACCAUCACGGGACCGUCGAUUGACAAGCUCUCGUUCACGCUCGGCAUGGCGGUUUCAUCGGGCCUGUGUGCCCUCGCCGCCUUACUUCUGCUGGGCUUUGCAGCGACCCUUCCGAUUUUGCUCGUGUUCGCCAUUGUGUUUGGAGCUGCAGGUGGGGGAUUUGGAUGUUUCCUAACGCCCAUUGCGAGGGAUCUGGCAGCGGUGACGCGGUCGGACAAUGCGCUGCAGUUCUUGACCUGGAUGUUCAUGCGUGGCGUAGCGGCUGUUACCGGUCCGCUGGUCGGAUCGGCUCUGUACAGACCCGGUGUGGUUACGAAGCACCCGCGUGCGGGCGAGUAUGGGAUCAAUGGGUUCAACGCACUCAUCGUCUUUACCGGCGCAUGUAUGGGCGUGGCUAGCCUGAUCGCACUCGCGGCAUACAUGUACAGAACCAAAGUGCUGGGCUUGUGA